CGACCACACCACCGCGACUCCUCCUGAUUCUUCUGCCAUUCGGAGGAGCAAACCACAACAAGGGAGAGGGAAACCACAAUCGCCACUCACACAUACAUACGCAUAGAAGAUUUCUCUAUAGUUUACUUAGAGACCCGGAGAGAGAUAGAGAUCCAUCGAGAGACGGGGAAAAGAUUAGCAGUACGUGCAUGGGAGGAGGAGGGAGAAGCGAGGCCGCCGGAGCCUUGGAUGUCGACGGCCGCCAGACCUACCUUCCCCGCAGCAACGGCGACGUCGACGACGACGGCAGGCCGUCAAGGACAGGAACGGUAUGGACGGCGGCGGCGCACAUCAUAACGGCGGUGAUCGGGUCCGGCGUGCUGUCGCUGGCCUGGGCCAUGGCGCAGCUGGGGUGGGUGGCCGGGCCCUUGACCCUGGUGCUCUUCGCGGCCAUCACCUUCUACACCUGCGGCCUCCUCGCCGACUGCUACCGCGUCGGCGACCCCGUCACCGGCAAGCGUAACUACACCUACACCGAGGCCGUCGAGGCCUACCUAGGCGGGUGGCACGUCUGGUUCUGCGGCUUCUGCCAGUACGUCAACAUGUUCGGCACCGGCAUCGGCUACACCAUCACGGCGUCCAUCAGCGCCGCUGCUCUGAAGAAGUCCAACUGCUACCACUGGCGCGGGCACAAGUCGGACUGCAGCCAGCCCCUGAGCGCCUACAUCAUCGGCUUCGGGGUGGUGCAGGUCAUCUUCUGCCAGGUGCCCAACUUCCACAAGCUGUCCUGGCUGUCCAUGGUCGCCGCCGUCAUGUCCUUCACCUACGCCGGCAUCGCCGUCGGCCUGUCGCUGGCGCAGACCAUCUCGGGCCCCACGGGGAAGACGUCGCUCACCGGCACGCAGGUCGGGGUGGACGUCGACGCCUCGCAGAAGAUCUGGAUGACGUUCCAGGCCCUCGGCAACGUCGCCUUCGCCUACUCCUACUCCAUCAUCCUCAUCGAAAUCCAGGACACGCUGCGGUCACCGCCGGGGGAGAACAAGACGAUGCGGCGGGCGACGCUGAUGGGCAUCUCGACGACGACGGGCUUCUACAUGCUGUGCGGGUGCCUGGGCUACUCGGCGUUCGGCAACGGGGCCAGCGGGAACAUCCUGACGGGGUUCGGCUUCUACGAGCCCUACUGGCUGGUGGACCUGGCCAACGUGUGCAUCGUGGUCCACCUGGUGGGCGGCUUCCAGGUCUUCUGCCAGCCGCUGUUCGCGGCCGUGGAAGGCAACGUGGCCAGGCGGAUCCCUGGCUUGGUACGACGGGAGCGCGCGGCAUUGUUCCGGCUGGUGUGGCGGACGGCGUUCGUGGCGCUCAUCACGCUGUUGGCGCUGCUGAUGCCAUUCUUCAACAGCAUCCUGGGCUUCCUGGGCAGCAUCGCGUUCUGGCCGCUCACCGUGUUCUUCCCCGUGGAGAUGUACAUCCGGCAGCGGCAGAUCCCGCGGUUCGGCGCCAAGUGGGUGGCGCUGCAGAGCCUCAGCUUCGUCUGCUUCCUCGUCACCAUGGCCGCUUGCGCCGCAUCCAUCCAGGGCGUCCGGGACUCGCUCAAGACCUAUGUGCCCUUCAAGACCAAGUCGUGAGAUCCUCCCCGUCCCUAUAGCCUGUGUGUCCCUUUGUCUCCGAUGUUGAUUUCUGCCCUGUAGUUGCUCAGGAUUAAUUAAUGGGGAAUAAUUUAAGACGGUA